AGGACGAGUUAAGAGUUCAGUAUACUUGUACGUUGCCUGAUUCACUUUAAAACAUUGAAUUUUUCCUAACAGGUUAUAACAUACAUUAAGCGACAAGAGCAGAUAUGUCUCACCCAUUCUUAAAGGGUGUCAUUUUGUCGGUUUUUUUCAACACAUGGUCGGUCUCCCUAAUAGUCGUAGACAGUUCUAAGGUUUCAUUGCACAGCGGCAUCACCGCAGACCCUGAUGAAAACAGAAACGUGACAGAAUUAAUCACAAGUAAGGGAUAUCCUUGCGAGCAACAUGAUGUAUUAACUAAGGAUGGUUAUAUUUUAAGUCUUCAAAGAAUUCCAUUCAGUAAGAAGUCGCCAACCAGAAAAGGUAAACCAGCCAUACUUCUACAGCACGGCCUUCUGUCUUGUUCAUCAUGCUGGGUUGAGAAUCUGGCCAAUGAAAGUCUCGGUUUCAUGCUUGCUGAUGCGGGCGUCGAUGUCUGGCUUGGGAACAAUAGAGGAAACAAGUACUCCAAACGCCAUGUCAGUCUUAGUCCUGAUGAUCCACGCUUUUGGGAAUUUAGCUGGGACGAAAUGGCAAAAUAUGACUUACCCGCGAUGAUAGAGUACGUCAUUCAGAAAACCGGAAACGAAGGAAUUUACUAUGCCGGUCAUUCACAGGGAACAGAGCAGGCCUUUGCAGGAUUUGGUCUCAACCCUGAUCUAGGGAGAAAAGUCAAAACCUUCUUCGCCCUUGCCCCUGUAGGCAAUAUGUCGGGAAUCGAAAGUCCAAUUAAGCUUUUGGCACCAUUUGCAAAAGAUUUUGAGAUGUUCCUGGAAAUGUUCGGUAAAUACGAAUUUCUUCCCAAUAAGGAAUUAUUUACCCUGUUUGCUCAAGACAGUUGCAAAAGAAAAACCAUUGAUCUCGUGUGUGAGAACGUUUUGUUUCUUCUGGGAGGAUAUGAUUCUGCACAACUAAACAUGAGCCGGAUACCCGUGUAUGUCAGGGAUCACCCGGCCGGAACUUCCGUGCAGAAUAUCGCUCAUUACAGCCAGUCCGUUCUGACUGGACAAUUUUCCAUGUUGGACUUUGGAUCACCGGAGGCUAACAUGAAACAUUACAAUCAGUCGACACCUCCAUUGUAUGACGUCACUAAAAUGGAGACCCCUGUCGCCCUUUUCUCUGGUGGUCACGAUUGGCUUGCAGACCCAGGGGACGUACAAACACUUAUACCACAGCUCAAAAAUAUCCGGUUUAAUAAGUACCUUACUGUGUGGGAACACCUAGACUUUAUCUGGGCACUAGACGCACCCUCGCAGUGUUACAAUGACAUCAUCAAGAUGAUAAAAAGUGAUAUGAGUGUGAAUCGGGAUUAGCAUUUUUAAAAAAAUGUAAUUAAAAGUUAUAUGAACUGUUAAAUGUGAUAUGUAAAAGUGGUGCAUUCUUUUAAACUUUUUUUAUUUUGCCAAUCUUUUACUACCGAUUACAUUAAUUAUCAUGAAAUCGACUUAUUAUACAAUAUAAAUUUUCUGUAAGAUGAUUCUGAAAUUUAAAAAAAAAACGAAAACAAAAGGAAAAAAAAAACAAUAAAAAAAUUAUUUGCACCUUAAUGUAUACUAGUCGUUUUUCAUUUAGGGUGUAAUAUAUUUUUGUCUCUUGAAAAGGAAAAACACUACAUUAGGUGAGCAAUUGAAAUAUGGUAUUAGUCGUAUAUUAGUGAUGAGAAAAGUGUAAUGAAUGUAAGUCGUACAUUAGUGAUAGAGAAUAAGUCGCACAUUAAUGAUAUGGUAUAUCUUACACUAGAGAAAGGAAAAGUCGUACUUUGAAAUAAGUCAUACAUUAGUGAUAUUAGUCGUUUAUGUGUAAUAUGAGAUACAUCUUACAUUUGUAAUAAAAUUGGUUGAGAAAUAAAACCUUUGUCAAUAAUUUGGAUGUACAUUUUAAUUUGCUAUGUUUAUUCCAUACUAUCGUUAGUUAUAUUCAUUGUUUUGUAAUGAAUGAUUAAUAACUUGUGUUGCAUAUUCAUUAAUCGUUUGAUCUGUGAUUAGUAUCUUGUGAUGCACAUUUGAAAAUCUUGUGUAUAUAUAUUCAAACUUUGUUAUGUACAAUGUAUUAUUAAAAAAUUGUAGUAGACUGUU